AUGUACGAAGAUUUCGGUUGGGACGGUAUUUUGAUUUUGCGUAUAAUCCUUUCGAAUGCUGGACAGAUGGCGUGUGUCGCUACCGUUUAUGAACUCUACAAAAAGAUAAACGCUAAUUUAGCCUUCUCAGAGUCGAAGUCUGAUCACAAGUCUAAGAGCGAACCUGAGCUCAAACCUGAACCAGUUUCAAACGAAUACUGCAUCCAAGUCUGAAAAAACGUUUUCUUUUCAUUGCAGUAUUUGAACCAGCCGUAUAAAGCGAAUGGAGGAACACCACCGACUCCAAAGCUGGUAUCAGCACCGGAUCAAUAG